UGCUUUCCAAACGCAUGUCGAUUAUGUAAGUCUAAUCAGAGGCUCGUUACACCAAUGAUUAGAGACCGGGGAGUUACAAUAGUCGCACACAAGAGGAUGAGUCACAGGUUGACCCGCAGUCAUGUUCACAACAGAACGCCUAGUCUUGCGUGGAUUUCAAGACAGUGACCUGGAUGAUCUCCUCGCGCUCCGGAACGACGCUCGUGUUAUGCGAGGAGUGAUCCCAUCACGCCGCGACCAACGAAAUACAAAGCGUCACUCAAAACUCUCGCGGAGAAUUCAACCAUCUGGUUCACCAUAGUCCUGAAGGAAACAGGGGAAUUCAUGGGGCAAUGCAGUAUCAAGGUGACAGAGCCUGUGAAAAACCGGGAUGGAUUAUUCGGCAUAGGGAUGCUUCCAAAGUUUUGGGGAAAGGGAUAUGGGACAGAGGCGACGAAGUUCAUUGUAGACCAUGCAUUUAGAGUGCUGGGAGUUCAACGCGUCUCGUUAAAUGUCUUGGAGGGAAAUGAAGCUGCCAUAGCAGUUUACAAAAAAUGUAAGGCAAUCGGAUUCAAGGAAGAGGGUAGGAAGCGACGAGCAAAUUGGCACGAUGGACAUUGGGAGGAUGGUUUGAGUAUGGGUGUUUUAGAUGAAGAGUGGGCUAAGAGGUAUUGGAGGAAAUGAAUACAUACGCAGAACAACUCCCUUACAAGACUUAUCGUAUGUAGUAUAUUAGCUACGAGGAUUAUAGGGUACGGACGAUAAGUCAUCCAACUGUUAUUAACCUAUGUUAAAAAUCAAGUAGGAUGCGUAGGGUUAUUAACAAGCAUGUU